UUCAACCACGAUGAGAUGAAGCUGGGGAGUUUGGAGGAACAGUCAGUGGAGGAAAGUGGUCCGUCUAAGCACAGGAGUCUACACCUGGAACUUCACUUGUCUGAGUCCAGCAGCAGAGUGACCAGCAGCAUGAAGUGCCUCAUCGUCCUGUUGGCCCUGGUGGCUUUCUCUGAAUGCAUCAUUAGGAUGCCACUGAUCAAGGGGAAGACUGCCAGAGAAAACCUGAAGGAGAAAGGAUUAUGGGAGAAGUACAGGACGAUGUACCCAUACAAGCCAACAGUGAAGUUCAUCCAGACCGGUACCGAAUCCAUGACCAAUGAUGCUGAUUUGUCCUACUACGGUGUGGUCUCCAUCGGGACCCCUCCUCAGUCCUUUAGCGUCAUCUUUGACACUGGCUCCUCUAAUCUGUGGGUGCCUUCAGUUUCCUGCAGUAGCGAGGCCUGCCAGAACCACGGCCAGUUCAACCCACAGCAGUCCUCCACCUUCACAUCCAACGGCGAGUCUUUGUCCAUCCAGUACGGCACUGGCAGCAUGACUGGGUAUCUGGGCAGUGACACUGUUCAGGUUGGUGGCAUCUCUGUGGCCAACCAGGUGUUUGGACUCAGUCAGUCAGAGGCUCCCUUCAUGGCUCAGAUGCAGGCCGACGGCAUCCUGGGACUAGCCUUCCAGUCCAUUGCUUCUGACAACGUGGUGCCAGUUUUUGACAACAUGGUCUCACAGGGACUCGUGUCUCAGCCCUUGUUCUCCGUCUACCUGAGCAGCAACAGUGAGCAGGGCAGUGAGGUGGUCUUUGGGGGGGUUGACAACACGCACUACACUGGACAGAUCACCUGGAUUCCUCUGACCUCUGAAACCUACUGGCAGAUCCAGAUGGACAGCGUCACCAUCAAUGGACAGACUGUGGCCUGCUCUGGAGGCUGCCAGGCCAUAAUCGACACUGGCACCUCCCUGAUCGUUGGCCCAACCUCUGACAUCAACAACAUCAAUGCCUGGGUUGGAGCCUCAACGGACCAGUACGGAGACGCUACCGUGAGCUGCCAGAACAUCCAGAGCAUGCCUGAAGUCACCUUCAAUCUUAAUGGAAAUGCCUUCGCAGUUCCUGCAUCUGCCUACGUUUCCCAGACCUCGUCUGGAUGCAACACUGGCUUUGGACAGGGUGGCACAGACCAGCUCUGGAUCCUGGGAGACGUCUUCAUCAGGCAGUAUUACACCGUCUUUGACUCCCAGUCUCAGAAUGUUGGUCUGGCUCCAUCUGCAUAGAAACAAAGACAAAUUUCUAAUUAAUUGUAAACAGCAGUUUUCUUUCAUUAAAGUGACUAAAAGAU